GGAUAACAGAGGCUGCCUUUAAUAUUUCACCAGGCGUUGCUGAUGCACUCUGGAUUUUCUUGCACACUGCGUGGUGGUUUUAUCCAGUGUUGGCAAGAUCUGCACGAGAUUUCAUUUCUGAAUAACUGUUCUGCAAGGUUGUUGUCUCCCAGUAGCCACCAGAAGAGGAGCUUUGCUUGAAAUGAGAAGAUUUGUAAGGACUAAAACAUUUAGUUCAGAGACUGAUGGUGUUGCUGUCAAAUCAUUCAGGACUGACUAACUGGACUGGCGCUCCAGAAAAACAGGAUGUGGUUAAGAAUAAUGCGAAGGGGAACGCCGGCAUGGAUUUGGCAGUUUGCCACGGUAUUGGUUUUUCUGUGCAGUAUAGUCUCCUUGUUGUACAUGCUGGCAUGCACUCCAAAGGUGGAAGAUGGCCAACCUUUGUUGCCUGGGGUGAGUGGGCCAACUGGGAAAGACAAUUUUCAGGUGUUGCUUGAGGAGCGCGAGGAACAACACCGUAAUUACAUCAACAGCCUGAAGAAACAAAUAGCACAACUGAAGGAGGAACUGCGAGAAAGAAGUGAGCAGCUGAAGGUUGUACAGGAUCGCUACGGCGACUCACUGGGAGGUAAUUUUGAUCGGAGCAGUCUGGUGAAAACUCAAGCCGAUCUGUUGGGAUUCCUGCACUCUCAGAUCGACAAAGCGGAAGUCCAUUCUGGUGUCAAGUUGCCGACGGAAUAUUCGGUGAUACCGUUUGAGAGCUUCACCCUCCAGAAGGUGUACCAGCUGGAAAUGGGCCUCACCCGACAUCCUGAGGAGAAACCAAUCCGGAAGGACAAACGGGAUGAACUGGUGGAAGCUAUUGAGGUUGCACUAGGAAUUUUGAACACCCCCAAAGAUGGAGGAGCAACAAACCAUCGGAUGCGUGCAGCUGCUGACUUUAUUGAGGGUAUCUACCGCACAGAGAAAGACAAAGGGACUUUAUAUGAGCUGACGUUCAAAGGUGACCGAGCCCAUGAGUUCAAACGCCUGGCUUUAUUUCGCCCUUUCGGCCCACUCAUGAAAGUUAAGAUGGAAAAGGUGGACACGACCAACAUGCUGAUUAAUAUCAUUGUGCCACUGGCAAAGAGAGCUGAUACGUUUCGGCAAUUCAUGCAUAAUUUCAGGGAGGUGGGUGUUCGAAUGGAUGGCAGAGUUCACCUCACUGUGGUUUAUUUUGGGACAGAACAAAUGACUGAAGUAAAAGCCAUACUUGAAUAUGUAUCCAGAGAAGCAAACUACAAGAACUACACCUUCAUUCCCUUGGAGGAGGAUUUCUCCCGUGGGAAAGGCCUGGAUGUUGGUGCUCGUGCUUGGAAGGGGAACAACGUCCUGUUGUUUUUCUGUGAUGUGGAUAUAUACUUCACAGCGGAGUUUCUGAACACCUGCAGAUUGAACGCCCAGCCAGGAAAAAAGGUUUUCUACCCUGUACUCUUCAGUCAGUACAAUCCUGCUAUUAUUUAUGGACAUCACGACACUGUUCCGCCCAUUCUACAGCAGCUGGUGAUUAAAAAGGAUUCUGGCUUCUGGAGGGAUUUUGGCUUUGGAAUGACCUGCCAAUAUAGAUCAGACUUCAUCAAUAUAGGUGGCUUUGACUUGGACAUAAAAGGAUGGGGAGGUGAGGAUGUUCACCUCUACCGCAAAUACCUCCACAGUGACCUGAUAGUGGUUCGGACGCCGGUCCGUGGACUCUUCCACCUCUGGCACGAGAAGCGGUGCGUGGAUGAGCUGACCCCUGAGCAGUAUCGCAUGUGCAUGCAGUCGAAGGCCAUGAACGAGGCCUCGCACGGACAGCUGGGAAUGCUGGUCUUCCGGCAUGAGAUCGAAGCACAUCUACGCAAAGAGCGGCACAAGGUCAACACGAAGAAAACAUAAGAGAAGCCUACGCCACAUCAUCUUUAGCAUCAGAGCACCCAGCACUGGUGAAGGUGCAGGAUGGAAGGACAUUUCCACACCAUUUUGUGCAAUUCAGACAGAGAGUGCUUCUAGUCUUCUCUGUGAUGUUGCAAUAAAUGCUCUGCUGCAGUGUUGGUCAAAACUAUAAAGGUGGUAUUUGCAGAUGUGAACAUCCAGUCCUUCAGGAUUAAUGCAGAGAAGUUCCCCUGUAAGUGUGAGACAAUGAACAGGAUGGUGGCACUUAAAAUUAUUGACAAUCACAACACAACAAUGUGUGUGGGGGGUUUAUUAGGAAGUCAAGUCCCCCUUAUUAAAGAUUUACUCUGAAGAAUGAUCCAGAAUUUUGCGAUCUGAUAUAGUCGCCUAAGCCAAUCGUGAAUCACAUGGAAGAGAAAGCCAAUUUGGCCGAAAGUAGCUGAACAUGAUGUGACCCUCUCCAUGACCUAUUCAAGAGUCCACUCAAAUGGACUUCUACGUACUACUUACAUGUCCCUUUGUCUUAGUUUAAUUCACUUUAUCUGUUUUGCUUGCCCAUACACACAUCCAUGAGGUCACCUUUUCAUGACCUUUUCAGGCUGUAAUUUGCAGAUUUCUUAAAUAUUUUCAUCUUAAUCUUUGACAAUGGGGUGAGUCUUGGUUUGUUUCCCUGCAUCACCUUCAGCCACUAAAUACCUCCCUAUGUUACAGGACCAGAACUGGACAUGUUGGUCAAAAUGGAAACUGACUAGCACACUCUAAAAGAAAAACUUGCAUUUAUAAAGCACCUUGCAAUCUCCCUGAAAGUACUAAACAGUUUCCUGGGCUAUGAUCUACUUAAAAGUGCUUAUUGUUUUUGAAGGAAUUUAGGUGAAUGAACUAUAAAUCCAUCUUUAGAGGUAAUGGCUGAGGGAGGAAUGUUGGCUUGAGCACAGGGAAGAUGUAUCUUGGCUUUCCCUUGAGAGUUUACACAUGACUUCCUCUAACUUGUUUGACUGCACAAGUUGGCAUCGUUAUUUGCUGCUGUACAGUGACUCGGGCCAGUCUACUAAAAUCCUGAAAUUGCCUUCAAUAUCAUCCACAGCCAUUCUGACAGAGUACUGAAGACAUACUUGUACUGCCCUUUCUUUUGUUCUUCCCAGGUGCAAUAUUCCAGAUUGAAUUUGGAUCAUUUGAAUAAAUGAUCUGUUGUCAUUUAUCUAGUCGACUUUGUAGGUUUCUGGUUGUUUCCCCGGAUAAAAGGAUCAGCUCCUUAUCAUUAGCUGCCACAAAAUACCAAGUGGUGAGUGGAAACCAAAUGUGUAGUGGUCUUUGAAAGUAUCGGAAGCAAGAUCCAUACUCCAAGGAUUUGGCUGAAAGAAUACGCAUGUUGAGUCUAUUCUCCUUGGAACAGACAUGUCGGAACUAUUUUCAUUUCAAAUUAUUGUGUGGGAUUAAUGAUUCUGAAACUUUUCUCUCAACCUUCUAUUGCACUUUUGCUUGUUUGCUUCAUGACUUCUAGAACACUGUUGAUUUUAAAAAAGGGCGGAAGACUUGUUAACAAAACUACAGUGCAGAGAAACCAAGAAUAAACUAUAGAGUGAUUGGUGGUGUACAUUUCUUCCAUAGCAUUCUGGUCAAGAUGAUCUUACUUCCAGUUUGUAUUUUUAACCAUAUUUGCAAUCAUAAUCCACACCUCCAUAAGUACCUUUUGGUAGUUAUACCUUUGCUAUGGAUGCAGAAAUUGGAUUCAAGAAAGGAUCACUUUAUUACUGCAGCCACGCAAGUCAUCCUGGUGGUUAACCAGCCUCGAAUGUUUUGAUACGGACGUAAUGUGGACAAGAGGGUUGUAAUUGUCUGUCUGUCCCACAACAUAACUGUACUGAGACUGACAAGGACGGUGAAGGGUAUCACAAAUAUUUUUAUCAUUCAUUCUUGGAACAUGAGUACUUACUGUCCAUCUCUGAGCUAGUGAUGGGGGAUGGCUGGCUCGUAAACCACUGUAAUCCAUUCAGCUAAAGCAGUGGGGAUUUCCCUGAUUUUAGUGAAGUGAUGAUCCAUAAAUAAUGUCCAAGUCCGGGGGAGGGGUUUGAUUUGGAGGUGAUGGAGUUGCCUUGCCCUUGCUUCCCUUCCUAAUGAUGGGUCAGCAUUUAAACUUUCUCUUAAUUUAUUCCAGUUUUCCAGCAUUCAUGCUCUCUGCCAUUCUUUAUGUAUUUGUAGCUAUGCCAGUAGUUGGUUGCAGUCACAGCAUUUGGCUAACAAGUAUCUUGCAGAUAUUUUUUUAUCACUGAAGCUGUGGAGAGACCAAUGGCCCAGAGAUGUACAUGGACUUUCAGAUUAUCAGCCGUCAAUCAGUCAAAAUUCACUCAAACUGCUGAAAGAAAUUGGUAUGGACUUUUGCAGUUGUUGGAAUUUUCUGCAUUACACUGUGAGACUGACAGCAACUUUAGGUGUCAGCAACUUAUGGAUUUCCACAUUUAACGAUACAGUCUAUAAUACUCCACUCCUCCACAAUGCACUGUUGAAGUCACUGCAGAUGCAUGCCCAUUUACUGGAUCGACAAGAACUUCAACUUGUAACAAAUGAUUCUCACUGUAAAAACCCAUGAAAAUGUUAUGCCUUGUUGAAUGAGAUGUAACUGGGUCCCUAAUAGUAAGCUUAAGCCAUAAUUACAGUUAAACACCUCUUGGGCCCUGAAACUCUAAUAUUGUGUGUGCAGUCUUAUUCCAU